AUGGAAGGAACAUCUGAAGGCCCGUAUGAAGAAAUGAAGUACUCAGAUUCUCAAAAUGAUGAGCAAGAGAAAUAUGAUGAAUUUGAAGAAUCUCAUAGAUCAAUGACCACUAAUUCAAAAGACAUGAGUGCAGCUCAUGAUAUGGAAGGUGAAGGAGCUGAAGGAGAAGGAGAAGGCGAGCAAGCUGAGAGGAAAUGGUUCUGGGCCUUUCCACAGAUUGAAGGUGUCCCACCAAGUCCCAGAGGAGGACACUCUGCAACACUUAUUGGAGCUUCUAUUUUGUUCUUUGGGGGACAUUUUUAUAGUGAUAAGAAGACUGGUUACACAUACUUGAAUGAUACACAUGUUUUGGAUUUGAACGCAAGUAGAUGGAUCAAGCCUAAAAUUGAAGGAACUCCUCCAAAGCCGAGAUAUGGUCAUACAGCUGUCCUAGCCGGGUCCAGAAUCCUUAUUUUUGGUGGAAAAGGUGUCAAGAAUAAAGUCUUCAGAGACCUUCAUGCCCUCGAUCCAGUCAAAAUGACCUGGUAUCAAGGCCCAGAUGGUGCUGGAGCUCCUGCAGCUAGAUUUGGCCACACAUCUACUCUUGUUGGAGGAAAUAAAAUGUUUGUCUUCGGAGGGUGGAAUAAGAAGCUCUAUUUUAAUGAUCUUCAUAUUCUUGAUCUUGAGCUCAUGGCAUGGAAAAGGCCUGAAUGUAGUGGCCCAGAGCCUAGCCCAAGACAAGGACAUUGUGCUAUCCUGAUUGGAACGAACCUCAUCAUCCACGGAGGAUAUAGACUCAGAGAAGAUUUAUUGAAAACAGCUGGCCUUGCACAAGGAAAUAUUUUAAAAAAUUCUUAUUUGAACGAUAUAAAAGUUCUUGAUACAGAGAAUUUUGUCUGGUCCAGGCUAAGAAUCUCUGGAACACCUCCAGAAGCUAGAUAUGGGCAUACCCUCAAUAUUUCAGGCUCUGAUAUUAUUAUGUUCGGAGGCUGGACCUGAAAUAGUGGAGAUAGGACCAGGCAUGAAGGUACCAGUGAGGAGUGAGAUUAUUUUAUGAUUUGGAAUACUGAAAAUAUGUGAUGGAAGCAAGGAAAAUCUAUUGGAACUCCACCCACAACCAGGUAUGGACACUCAAGUACUGCUAUUGGUCCACAUCUUUUGAUAUUUGGAGGAUGGGAGUUCUCUAAAGCUCAAAAUGAAAUUAUUGUAUUGAGAGAAUUCAAUCAAGCUCAGCAAAGCCAAGACCAAAAAGAAGACUUUGAAGAGGGAAAUUACGAGGCUCCAGGAUCUCACAAUGAGACUGCUAAAGAAAUGUCUGCAAUUCUUGAAGAAAAAUAAGUUAGGACCUAUUGAAAUUUCAAAGAAAUUCAAUAUAUUGAAUUGUUAG